GGCGGGCGGCCUGAGGGGACGGAGCGGCCUGAGGGGAGCGAAGGAGAGCCUCGUUUUUAUUGAUGUUUCCCCCUGGGAAAGGAGCCUCGUGUCCUCCCCGCCUGCUGAAUCCCCGUGUUGUUGCUUUUCCCGCAGGUUUAGCGAGGAGGGCACAACGGACAGGACAGAAACUGGAUGGCUUCUACGGUGAGCCUGGGCAAGGAAACAUUAUUGGAAGAUGGAAUGCCACCUGCAAAAAAGCCCAGGAAGCUGUUGCCAAGCCUCAAAACCAAGAAGCCUCGGGAACUUGUUUUGGUGAUUGGGACAGGAAUUAGUGCUGCAGUUGCUCCCCAGGUUCCAGCACUGAAGUCCUGGAAGGGGCUGAUUCAGGCUCUCCUGGAUGCUGCUAUUGACUUUGAUCUCCUAGAAGAUGAAGAGAGCAAACGGUUCCAGAAGUGUCUUCAUGAAGACAAGAACCUGGUUCAUGUUGCCCACGACCUUAUUCAGAAGCUGUCUCCGCGCACAAGCAACGUUCGCUCAACCUUUUUCAAGGACUGUUUAUACGAGGUGUUUGAUGACCUGGAAUCCAAAAUGGAAGAUUCUGGGAAGCAGCUGCUUCAGUCUGUGCUUCACUUGAUGGAAAAUGGAGCCCUUGUGUUAACCACGAACUUUGAUAACCUGCUGGAGCUGUAUGCAGCACACCAGGGGAAGCACCUUGAGUCUCUUGACCUGACUGAUGAAAAGAAGGUGCUGGAGUGGGCACAGGAGAAGAGGAAGCUCAGCGUGCUGCACAUCCACGGCGUCUACACCAACCCCAGCGGCAUCGUCCUGCACCCGGCCGGCUACCAGAACGUGCUGCGCAACACCGAGGUCAUGCGAGAGAUUCAGAAGCUGUAUGAAAAUAAGUCCUUCCUCUUCUUGGGCUGUGGUUGGACAGUUGAUGACACCACGUUUCAGGCCCUGUUUUUAGAGGCUGUCAAGCACAAGUCAGACCUGGAGCACUUCAUGCUGGUGCGGAGGGGGGAUGUGGAUGAGUUCAAGAAGCUCCGUGAGAACAUGCUGGACAAAGGGAUCAAAGUGAUUUCCUAUGGAGACGAAUACGCUGACUUGCCCGAGUACUUUGAGCGGCUGGCGAGCGAGAUUGCCAUGAGGGGCCGCACAGGUGUGCCCAAGGAGGGGCAGCAGCUGAACGGCUCUGCCACUGCCCACGCUGAGGUAAAAGCCUUUGCUUCCAUGCAGGAUGCAGCCCCUGAGCCUCAGCCCUGCCCAGGCCCUGAGCCAUGGCAGAGGCUCCUGGGACAGGCCCAAGCCAGGCCAGCAGCCCUCAGGGAGCCCAGCACUGUCCCACUGCUGUCCAGCACCGAGCCAGGACCCUUCCAGCAGGGAAGAGGCCAGGACAGAACCUCCAUGGAUGAACAGCUGGUCUAACAUAGUCAGUGUGGUUUUACUGGGGCUGCAUGUGCCUGUGGAGCGCGGUGUCCCCGAGGGAGCUGCAGCCUCCUCUAACUUCAUACCUAGAGCUUUUAUAUUCUGUAUUUCAAUUAAAAAAUGAAACUUGAGCUUUUUUUUUUUUUUUUUUUACUGGAAGCUCUAGUUUUCUAGUCCUGUCUUUUUACUGUACAGUUUUUGUAUGUUGAAGUUGUAUUAAAGGCCUGCUCACUGAACUUUGGCUGCUGUAUCAUUUAAAGGCCCUUUCACACCUCACACUGGUGGGAGUUCAUCUCCCCCAAACCCAGUAGGAAACAGGUCCUGGCUGGAGGCAAGUUACUUAUACACAGACAACAAAUUAUGAAGUUUAUUUUAUAUAAAUUAUGUCUCUUAGCAGACAGCAUUCAAUUUAUUGCACUAUAGCACAUCUGCAAUACAGAGCUACAAGACAUCGUCAGAGAGGUUUGUAUUAUUCAGUGUAGCACUUCCGACCAGGAUCAAGAGGCACUCGGAGAGGGGAAAAAGGGUGCAGGAAAGCAGCAAGCAGCCACCAUUCUCUUCCAGUAUUAAUGUAGUUUGUUUUUUGUUUCCUUUUUACUAGCAAAUAAUGCCAAGACCAGCGGGCAGGAGCCAGGCAGGGCACGCUGCCUUCCUCCUCUGGACCUGGCUGCUGCAGCUCUCCUGCUCCUGCCCAAAUACGUGGUGUCUGGGGACCCUGCUCCAGAGUCCGGUGAGGACAGAUACAGGGGACUUUAAGGCAAUUUAGCAUGUCCCCUCCAGCCCAGCACACACCAUCACCUUUUUUUGGUUUAUCAGCUUCAGUGGAGCUGCCACGAGCAGCGACAUUAACAGCCAGAUCUAAAACUGCCCGUAAGCCCAAGUCCUCCUGCCUCCUCCCUAAGCUGGUCUAAAAAUCACAAGCAGCUCAAAAAAAA